UUUCUCUUCUCUCUCUCUCUUUCUCCUUUGCUAGUUGUGUUAGAAGACAAGAAAAUGCGAAGCAACGCUUUUUCCUCUUGGCAGUUUUUCUAUUUUCCUCGUACGUGACGAUGACGACGACAAUGGCAAAGCGAAUUAUAGUCCAAAACCGCUGUUCACACGAUCUGCAGGUCGGUAUGCAAACAAAUGACGAGCCCCAAGGUCAAGUGAUUCCAAUGGCGCCCGGCGGCAGCUCGACUAUUGACGUUGCAGAUGACUGGGCCGGCCGGGUAUGGGCGCGCGAAUCGUGCGAUAAUCACGUCUGCACAUUGGCUAAUGCAGACAACCCAGCCUCUCUUGCAGGAUUUAAAAUGACAGGCGCUGAAAACAUCGAUUAUUAAGACAUUUCGUAUGUCGAUGGUUACAACCUGCCAAUCCGUAUCGAGCCCACACAAAUGACAGACUAUCCUGUGGAGAGCGACCCGCGGCACUGCCAGCCCACCUUUUGUGAUAAAACACCAAGCUGUCCAAGUGAUCUGGUGUCUCUUUCUGCGGCCGAUGCGGGUGGUAGUAAAUUCGUGGCGUGCCAAAGUGCUUGUUCAAGAUACAAGCAAGAUGAG